AGUCUUCUCUCUGCUUCCUGCGUCUAGAAUCUGGCCACACUGCUCGGUGUUAUUAGUGUACAUUAGUGCAGAAAGUUCGGCAAUAAAGAACAAACCUAUUCUGUGAUAUCUCGUGCUGGUUGUAUACGAUACGUCAAUAACAGAGUAAAAUUAUAAGAAGCAAAUGGCCUCGGCUGCGAUGUCACCAACUGACGAUGACGAGCUCACUCUUCCUCGUGCAUCGAUUAAUAAGAUAAUCAAGGAGAUUUUGCCUCACAUGCGGGUUGCGAAUGAGUCUAGGGAACUGAUUCUAAACUGUUGCACAGAGUUCAUUCACUUGCUGUCUUCUGAGGCAAAUGAGAUCUGCAAUCAACAGCAAAAGAAGACUAUAAACGCAGACCACAUUCUUCAAGCGCUCGAGAAAUUAGGUUUUGGCGAUUACAACGCUGAAGCGGAAGCUGUAUUGCGGGAUUGCAAGGCUGUAGCGGCUAAAAGAAGGCGUCAAAGUACCAGGUUGGAAAAUUUGGGAAUUCCCGAAGAAGAAUUAUUGCGGCAACAACAGGAACUGUUUGCUAAAGCGAGAGAAGAACAAGCUGUCGCAGAACAGCAACAAUGGCAGCAGUUGCAAGCUGUUGCGCAAAUGACAUCCAUGCAACAAGCUGACAGUGAACAGGAAGAUUAUUCAUAAAAAAAUUCAAAUUGUCUUUUUUUUUUUUAAAUUUAAUUAAAGAAUUUAGGUUUAAAUUUAUAUUAA